GAAUAAUGCUAUUUUUACCAAUAUUGCAGUCAAUUUGGAACGGAGGAAGUAUACUCAAAUCCCAUCAUUCAUAGCCUCUGAUUCCUCAGCGCGGGACACACACUACAUCUAGAGAGAUACUAGUCUUGCACAUAUUUAGAGAGAGAAACUUUCAAACCAGUUAUAACUUCUCCUGCCAAAGUAAAUUUGUUAAUUCCAGAAAAGGGAAGAAAUUCAGUAUUCAAUUUUCCCCAAAUGUGAAAUUAAACCUUGAAAUCUCUUAAUUUCUCCUUUUUCUACUCUAAUUUUCACUAUCUAGUAAUCGUUUCAAAGGUUUUCUCUGAAAAUUUGGUAUCGGCUAUGUAUUUCAUCAUUCUGGGUUAAUUUCGGCUGGAUUCUCGAUUAGGGUUUAUUGUUUUUUUUUGUUUCAGAAUUUCGGUCGAAGUUUCAACUUUUCAGGAUGCCUGAGAAAAUGUGUAGAAUGUCGGAUAAAGAUAAAAGCAGAAUAGCGGAAAAAAUGUCUGAAUUCAUAUUGUUAAUGGGGUAUAAUGCUGAUUUUCAAGUUGUGAUAGCAAAGGAACUAAAUCGUCAAAUAUGGAUGAGUACAGAAAAUUUAGGUAGAAAACAAUGUAGGGAGUUGUUGUAUCUAUUGUACAUGGCUGAUAAUGCAACCUUGUUGUCGUUCACAGUUUCAUUGGGGAGAUUAAUAUGGGUAAAUCAUUUGAGGGCGAAGAGGAGGAUUCUUAAAAGGAAAGUUUUUCAGAAGGUUAAACAGCAGGAGCGAAGUAGGGAGAGGAGGAAGAGGAGAGAAGGGGUACGGCUUGUGGUGAUGACGAAUAGGGGAGGAAAGGUAGGGGGAAUCAAACAAUGUGAGGCGAUUCCCAGGUUUUUGUGGGCUAAGGUAGGGUUUCGUUUGAAGCCGAGACUUAUGUGUAGGAUGGCAAGACAGAGGGUUGUAAAGCGUAAUGUAGAAGUUGGUAGUCGUGUAUAUAGGCUUGCUCUUGCUAUGGGAUUCCUGUCGUUUCGAAAUGUUUGUGUUACAUCUGAGUGGGAGUUUUGGACUGUCUGCCUUGUUCAGCAAGUGUUUGGGUUUUGGAGGAGUAUUGCUAUUGGAGGAAGGCUGAGUGAUUAUUUCACCAGUGUGGCUCAUGAAUUUGGAUUGGAUGUUGUUUCGUGUGAGCUUUUGGAGCGCCUUCAGAGCUGUUUCCGUUGUUCCUCUACUACCCGUUAUCCAGAAUAUGGAAGAGAAUAUCCAUAGCCUGGAGAUCUCAGCAUAAUGAGGACGUUUGCUGAUAUGAUUAUUAAAAGGGCUUCGACAAUGCAUAAGUCAUUUUUGUUUCCGAUUUGACUGAAUUAGCUAACGAAUGAAGAGUGAAUACUUUUCAUUCUCAUGCGGCAUUUUAUGGCAUUUAGAACUUAUGUUAGUGCUGAUGAAAACUUUGCUGUGUUGAUUA